AUAUGGAUAAGCCUGGAAGUGAUGUUGAAGCUGGAAGAAAGCUGCUGUAACCAAAGUGAAGAUGAGUCGAUUGUCAGACGAUCCAGAAAAUGCCCAUGGUAGCAGUCUGGGCUCCUGUCCUUCUUUACGGGAUGUUCAUUCCAUCAACCCUGCACAGCUGAUGGCAAGAAUCGAGGCCUAUGAAAAUAGAGAGAAAAAAGGCAUCUCUGAUGUCCGAAGGACUUUCUGUUUGUUUGUCACCUUUGACCUCUUGUUUAUAACCUUGCUGUGGAUAAUAGAGUUAAAUGUAAAUGGGGGCAUUGAGAAAACCUUAGAAAAAGAAGUCCUCCAUUAUGAGUAUGGGUCUUCAUAUUUUGAUAUCUUUCUCCUGGCAGUGUUUCGAUUUAAAUUUUUGAUACUUGCGUACGCGUUGUGCAGACUGCAACACUGGUGGGCCAUAGCGUUUACAACAGCAGUGACCAGUGCCUUCUUACUAGCAAAAGUUAUCCUCUCAAAGCUGUUCUCUCAAGGUGCUUUUGGCUACGUGUUGCCCAUCAUCUCUUUCAUUCUUGCCUGGAUAGAAACCUGGUUCUUGGAUUUCAAAGUACUGCCACAAGAAGCGGAAGAAGAAAACAGACUUCUGAUGGUGCAAGAUGCCUCUGAACGAGCCGCCCUCAUUCAGCCUGGCCUCCCGUCCGAUGGGCAGUUUUACUCGCCACCUGAAUCUGCAGCAGGAUCUGAUGAAGAAUCUGAUGAAAAACAGGACAGUGAGAAACCUGUUGUAUAGCAAAUAUGUUAACAG